AUUUGGGUGAUUGACGAGUUGUGACAAAACGAAUUUAACUAUGACACAAGUGGCUUUAUCGUGUGGCCCUUGUUUUCAAUAUCAACGUGAGCCCGCAGACACAGUCCGAAUGUGAUCCUGACCGAGGUAUAAGCUGGUGCGCCGCGCGAAUGUUAAAUUAAACUGAGAUUCGCGAUCCGCGAUUCCGAUUUGUGAUUUACAAUUUACGAUUUGUGAGUCUGGAUGUGGAAAACUUAUAAGUAAGCCGCGUAAACGCAAAGCUGGACAAUUCACCAAAGAUUUCCGCAAGAGAAACAAGAAAUAUUUUUACUUAGACUUUAAACGUUUUUAUAUAUUAGUUAAGAUGGUGCAGAGUUUUAUAACCGUCGUCAUUGCCAGUAUAUUGUGUGCAACUUUAUCAGUGGAAGUGGUCGUUGCAUCAACGCAUUGGUCCUAUAGUCAUAUUGAAAAAUGGCCGGGAGUAUGUUCAACUGGCAAACUUCAAUCGCCCAUCAACCUCCUUCAAAAAGCCUCCACCGAAAAAUCAUUCAACGCCUUCCAGUUCAACAACUACGAUAAAUCAUACCCUGUCACGAUGAAAAACAAUAAACAUUCAGUCGAAGUUCGAUUCAAACAACUCACUGGACUUCCAUCUGUAAAAGGCGGUAGUUUGCCCAGUGAAUUUAUCCUGGACCACAUGCACUUCCACUGGGAAUCUGAACAUACAAUCGACGGUAAACGAUAUCCUCUAGAACUUCACCUUGUGCACUAUGACGCUCGACACGGCAAUAUCUCCGAGGCUAAAAAGAUGAAAGAUGGUCUCGCUGUGCUUGGAGUGUUGUUUAAUAUUUCACCAGAUGAUGAUACUGACAUGCAACAAUUAGUGGAAAUCAUUGAUAAUAUCGGCAAGUAUCCGGAUAAAAUCGUAGACUUGAAGGAUGAAGUCAUUCCUAAGAAUUUCCUACCAUGUGACACGGCUGGAUUCUAUCGUUACGAAGGUUCUUUGACUACGCCUGGAUGUGAUGAAGUUGUUAUCUGGACUGUUUUCACAAACAAACAAACGUUAUCGACAAAACAAGUAAAAGAAUUUGAGUCAAUUCAUUGCGAUGAAGGUCCACUGCUCAAGAACUACCGCCCUAUUCAACCUCUGAAUGGUCGCCGCCUGCAAUUGAAAGUCAGCCCCAUUAAUGCAGCGACUAGCUUAAUAACAAACCCUACGAUAUCGUUGAUUCUCUCGUUCAUUACUGCAUAUUUCACGUAUUCGUAUUAGAAGAGUUAAUGAGCAUUGUUUGUUGUAACAUGCCAUUAAUUUACUGUUUUAAAUUUUAUCUAUUACUGGUCAUUAAAUUUAAUAAUGUAGCAGUAAACGAAGAAAAAACUAAUCAACGCUUACUAAUUAUACGCUGUUUGUGUGUAUUUGUGAUUGACAAUAAAUUUUACAUUAAAUACA